AUGUCUGUUCGUGCAACAGAGAAUGACCCUCCUAGAUUCUUUGUGGGUGGAGAAGAUGGAGAAGAACUAUUGGAUUCAGCCAGAUCUACAGAUUAUGACCACUUCUAUGAUCACGGGGAAGAAGAGGAGGAAGAGUAUGACUCUCCACCAGAAAGACAAAUCGCAGUUGGAAUUUGUUCAAUGGCUAAGAAAUCUAAGUCCAAACCAAUGAAAGAAAUUCUUGAACGGCUCUCCAUGUUCAAGUACAUAACUGUGGUGAUAUUUGAAGAGGAUGUUAUUUUGAAUGAGCCAGUAGAAAAAGUAGAAAACUGGCCUUUAUGUGACUGUCUCAUUUCUUUUCAUUCUAAAGGAUUUCCACUGGACAAAGCAGUUGCAUAUGCAAAACUCAGGAAUCCAUUCAUAAUCAAUGAUCUGAAUAUGCAGUAUCACAUACAAGACAGGAGAGAAGUAUACAGUAUUCUUAAAGCUGAAGGCAUUUUACUUCCUCGCUAUGCAGUUCUGAACCGUGAUCCAAACAAUCCCCAAGAAUGCAACUUGAUUGAAGGAGAAGAUCAUGUGGAAGUGAAUGGAGAAAUUUUCCAAAAGCCUUUUGUGGAAAAGCCAGUUAGUGCCGAGGACCACAACGUUUACAUUUAUUAUCCAACAUCUGCUGGGGGUGGAAGCCAAAGGCUCUUUCGAAAGAUUGGCAGCAGAAGCAGUGUUUAUUCCCCUGAAAGCAGUGUGAGAAAAACAGGCUCCUAUAUUUAUGAAGAAUUCAUGCCUACAGAUGGCACUGAUGUGAAG